UCUGUAACCAGGACCAGCUGUGAGUGCGCGCGCUUCUUAUUGGGAUGGUUUUUUGAGACGCACGAGCGCUUAUAUCAUAUAAUUCUAUAAGAAAUAAAUAAGUACAUAAAUAAAUAAAUAACCGCUUUUUAAACUUGUGUUCCGUGUCGGGACUGUAAUCUGUUUACACAGAGGAACUUACUUAAAGUGUCCUUCACACACCAUGUCCUCCGAGGCCAAAGACCCAGUGCAGGAAGCUCCGUCCACAACCCCUCCCAUCUCCCCUACUUCCCCUGUGUCACCCAGUUCCCUGCGUCUGCCCCCCUGCCGCCAGAGACCCCGCUCACCCUCGCCCAUGAGGGCCUUCCUGAUCCCCAGCCCACUGCCCACCCGCCGCAACCGCACCAGCUCUGCGACUGCCAGAGCAGCCGAGGGGCCGAUGUUCACCGGGGUCUGUAAGUGCUUCUCCAGGUCCAAAGGUCACGGCUUCAUCACACCGUCAGAUGGAGGCGCUGACAUCUUCGUGCAUAUCUCAGACAUCGAGGGAGAGUACGUUCCAGUAGAAGGGGACGAGGUGAGCUAUAAAAUCUGCUCCAUUCCACCCAAAUUUGAGAAGGUUCAAGCGGUGGAAGUGACCAUAACUCACCUGGCACCCGGCACUAAACACGAGACGUGGUCAGGAACCGUAAUCGACUCCUGAACAAAGACCCCAGCGCUCGGCGCCCCGUGUUUACUGAAACGCUGUGCUGGAUGACGGCUGGCUGCGGGAGAGCGGCGUGACGGAUCGUGGCGGACGGAAGACGACGUUUGCCUUUAUACGUAUAGAUUUUUUUUUUUUUUGUGAAGUUUGUUGAAAAUCUCAUUAGCUUUUAUUUUUUCCUUUUGACACAAAAGGAGAAAUCUUUGUGAUCGAUCGCUUAAACAAACCCUUUGUAGUCGUGUGUUGCUGGUUUUGUUUAUUACUCAUUUUGGUGGAUUAUAGAGGAAAAAAAAUAAAGCCUUAAUUCAAAUACA